GUUCUUGGAAAUACACUCUCAGUAUCUGUUAAUCACCUUCUAUCGGCUAUCUAAUAGCAGACGAAUGGAGUCAUCAUGAGUAAUUCAAAUUCGGAGAAUACGCCUCUUUUGACUAGAUCUAUGUCAGAUAAUCCAAUCCUACUACCUGAAGACUCAAUUAAGCAAGGUAGCGAUAGCACGAGCUCGUCAGUUCAGCCUCGUGGGAAUGUUCUACCACCCCAAGCCAAUCGAGCAAUAUCAAAGAUAGCACAAUCACCCAAAAUUGGGCUACAAAGAACAAGUAGAACGUCUCAAAAGCUAAAGCUUUUGCCAGAGGACCCGCCAAAUCUUGAAAACGAUACAAACACCAAUAAUGCCAACGACGAUGAUGAUGACGAUGAUGACGAUUUCGCUUCGUCCAGAACUAGAGUAUACUCUCAGGUUAAGCGGAUCACAGAUACAUCUGCAAGAAAAGAUGCUGAAACAUUAGGAAAGCUGCACCGUGACUUGCUACCAAGAGUGACGGCGUACUGUACCUGUGGCUCUUACAAAAUGAAAGAUUUGUUGAGAUGGUUAAAAGAUCGAAAGAGGAUCCACAAUACCAGUCCUAAACUAUUUGAUGAAUGUUUGUACACCCCUUUCAUGUACAAAGAUUGGAGAAGUGAUAAUAGCAACACUAGUAGUAACAAUAAUAAGAAUGUUAGUAUAGUGGAUGAAGAUGAUCAUAAGUUCAUGAGGCUUGCAGACGAAGGAGGGGAAAUUGACAUUGGGAAGAAAAACGAUUUGUUCAUUUUUGAAUAUGGUGUUAUUAUAAUGUGGGGUUACACGAGAAAGGAAGAAGCAGCAUUCUUGGAAGAUUUAGCAAAGUUUGAGAGUGAGAAGUUAUCAUCAGAAGACAUACAAAUCGAAGAGUUUAACUACUAUAUCACUAAGUCUUACCAACCAAGAAUUUACAAUGAUUUCAUAACGUUAAGAGAUGAUAACAACUACAUGUUGAAGUUGUCAAUCUCUCAUGCUUUAGCUCAAUCGGUGAAAAUCUCUCUUUUCGAAGAGUUGGUAGAUAACACAAUCGAGGACACUCAAGAUAUCCCACAACAAAUUGCACAAACGGGUAAGGUCCAAAUGACGAGAGAUGAAAUUAUGAAAUCCAUAGGGGAAUUAUUCAUUUUGCGAAUCAACAUUAACUUGCAUGGGUCUGUCUUGGACUCACCAGAACUCAUGUGGGCAGAACCCCACCUAGAACCAAUCUAUCAAGCAACUAGAGGUUAUUUGGAGAUAAAUCAGAGAGUCGAGCUAUUAAAUCAAAGACUAGAAGUGAUCUCGGAUUUGUUACAAAUGUUGAAGGAACAGUUGGGGCAUUCUCAUGAAGAAAAUUUGGAGUUUAUUGUUGUGGUCUUGGUUGGGGUUGAGGUUUUAGUAAGUGUCAUCAACAUCAUCAUCGAUAUUUUGACAUACUAGUUGAUGGUUCUGGCAUAACCCUUUUUAGUUCUCCACCUAUAAUGUUCAGCUAGCUUACUAUAGCAUUACUUGGUUUGCUAACUACUAUGUAUUCCCUAAUAAACAU